UGCAACUGCAGCACUUGCCUUCCCCUCCCUCCCGCUGCCCGUACAAUGAGCGCCGUGGACGACGUGGCCGCGCGCAUCCGCCGCCUGGAGGAGGCGCGCGCCGCCAAGAUCUCGCAGCUCCGCGCGCUGCGGCGCGAGCUGCGCUACAACGCCGUGACGGGCGUGGACGAGCGCCUGGACUCGGGCCUGAGCGUCGCGCAGCUGGACGUCAAGGUGGAGGCCGGGCGCAACAUGCUCUUCAAGGCGGGCUUCCUCUCGGGCCAGCGCGCAUACGUGCGCGUGACGGCGGAGGUCGUGGCGGCCGCGGCGGUCAACAACGCCGACUCCGAACACUACAGUUAUGGAGCAAAAGUGCACGGCCAAGCGGCCCGUGGGCUACACGCCACGCUGGAGCGAGGCGCUGAUGUUCCAGGGCCUCCCCGCCGCUGUGGGGACGCUGAGAGUGGACGUGAUGCAGGAGGAGCGGAUCGGGGCGGACGAGGUGGUGGGCAGCGUCGUCAUCCCAUUGGCCAGUCUGCAGGACCAGCGGAAGCUGCAGAGGUGGCACGUGCUCAGGAAGCACGACAAGGACACAAUAAGUGAGAUUUUGUUCAGUUGCAGGUUCCAACGCUCGCCGAUUUCGGCGCUUGAGUUGGAGCUGGAGUUGUUGCGGAACCAAACGAACGAGUUGCAUUUGUUCGUGGGACGGCAUCAGAAUCUGGUGGUGGCGGAGAGUAGGAGCUUCAGUUCCUCCUUUUCGGCGCCUAAACCGCUGCAAGGGAAGGAGGUGGUGCCCGAGGAGACGCCGGAACGCUCGGCGUCUUCGAGGUUUUCAGCAGUGGCGUCAUUCCCGCCGGCGAUGCGGAAGCGGGAGUGUGUGGAGAACAACAGCACGAGUGGCAAUGUGGAGAUGCACGAAGCCCCGAGAGUCAAGAGGCAGCGCGUGGUGGAUACCGAGAAGCAGGUGAACUCGCUCUCGGAUCGCAUUGCUAAUUGGCUGCUACCAACGCCAGGAUCGAACUCGACG